AUGUCAUUAUUCCUUUCAGAUGCUGGACGACUACACUACUUCAUCUCUCAUAGUGGCGGUGCACCUCCAGUUGGCUGGAUCGAUAAUGGAGAUACUCCUGCUGCGGAUGGUGGACGUCCUUGGCCGUCCUAUGUCGGCCAGUAUAUAGGUGCAAGAUUCCACAACUACGCCGUGUCGGGAGCUGUAUGCUCUAAUAGCCUUACCCCCCGUAUCGCGCAGGCAACGGGGGAGUUAUUCCCCGACGUGUCUAGUUAUCAGGUUCCUGCCUUCUUUGCAGACCGACAGUAUACAUAUCCCAAUGGAACCAAGUUCAUGGGUGUGCCUCCAGAGUCGACCGUCUACGCUAUUAUGAUCGGUGGGAAUGAUGUGAGAGCAGACGGCUAUCUGACCGAUUCCCAAACGAAAGGAACUACAAUCGCAGACUACAUAGACUGCGUCUUUCAACAAAUAGAUCGCCUUUUUCAGCGUGGUGCUCGCAACUUUGUCAUUCAUACUUUGGGAACAAUGUACCUCACGCCCCAAUAUGCAAUGCCAAAAGAGGGAGGCCUAAGGGCUACCUUACCUAAUAUUGGCCAGAUAAAGCAAGUGGCCCUUGUCAAUGCGAGGUAUCUGGGAGCACAGUUUGCCCUCGUGGAUCUUGAAGGCCUUAUGAAAGAUAUUCAUAAAAAUCCCUCACGAAAUCUGAAUGGCACAGUUUCUUAUAAUGUCACAGGGUACAUCAAUCGCCGUUCACUUAAUGGUACCGAAUGUGUUCGUUACGACAAUGACAACCGGGACGCGUUCAUGUGGUACGAUGAGCUUCACCCAAGUGAGCAAACAUGGCGCAGUUAUGCCAAGAAUUUUGUUAGCAUUAUUAAUGGGCACAGCAAGUGGGCGACACACCUCUCUGCCUAA